AUUGGCUUCGAUCUCGUGCUUCUGGGAAGGAGAUCAUGGGGAAGAGGAACCAGGCCGAGAAAAGAGGCAAUUUGGGGAAGGGGAAGGUGACUCCAGUGCAGAUCGCCUUCAUCGUCGGCCGCUACCUCACGGACAAUAACUACACCAACACCCUCUCCGCUUUUAAAUCCGAAGCUGCCGAUCUCUUCUCCAAAACCCUAGGAAAAGAGGCGCCCAAGGGUUUGAUGGGAUUGGGUGAUAUAUUGGAUGAGUAUAUAAGUUUGAAGGAGCAGAGGUUAAUGGUAGAUCAGGAGAAACGGAGGUUGGAGAUGGCACUGCGAGGUAUACAAGAUGUGAUGAGAGUUUACUAUUCGGCCGGGGCGGUGAGUACGUCUCUUCCAUCAUCGCCGCCUCUUCUUCCUAAUGUCAUGGCCAUAUCGACGGGCCCGUUCUUUCCUGCGCCAAACUACAGUGCUGGAUCUCCUUCAGGCCAUAUGAUGCAAGGGCCCCUGGUAGUGAAUAACACAGUACAGCCAAUGCUUCAACAUAAAACUUCUGAACAUAAGAUUUCAUCUGUCAACAAGAGAAAACUUGAUCGAAAACUCCCUCCCGUUCAAAAGAAGUCCCGUGUUCAAUCACCUUCUGGUGGGGAAGGAAAUGCAUUAUCUUCAGAUGUACCACACACUGAAAACAACGAAAACAUGGGGAAACUUGUUGAUGUUCACUCAGCAUCAAUGAUUGAUCCAAAAACUGUAUCGCCAAUCCAGGAUACAUCUGCAGCACAGAGUUCAGUGAAGCAUCCAUCUGAAUGCGGAAGAGCCUCAGAAUAUCCAGCAGUAGAAGGCUUAGAGUUCGAGGUUGAUGACAUUUGCCGUGGAUACACCGGUAUGGGAUUCGGCGGCGGCCCGGAGGAGCGUGAUGGCCCCGGAGGGGGCCAUGAAAGGAGUGGCACGAGCAUGUGA